AAUCAUAUUUGCUCAUAUAAAUAUCUUCCAAAGCCUUAAUUUUUGCCAAGUUCUAUCAAAUUUUUUGUUUUUCCCUGGUUGUUGAUUGGUUUUAGAACUAGAAACUAGAAUCCCUUCUUGAAAAUAUAUUCAUCCAUCAAACUUCUCUAAUGAGUAAGCAAGAUGGUCACCAUGACAAGCCCCUCUUGCCAAACCAGUGUGGUUCAAGCCAUAGCCAAAUCAUAGACGCACCGCUCCCCCUAGUUUGGUCCAUAGUUCGUCAAUUCGACAACCCUCAAGCGCACAAGCAGUUCAUCAAGAGCUGCACCAUGCGUGCCGGCGACGGCGGCACCGCCGGCAGCAUACGUGAGGUGAUCGUCAGCUCCGGCUUGCCGGGGAGUAGCAGCAUGGAGAGGCUUGACAAGCUCGACGACGAUAAGCAUGUCAUGAACUUCAGCAUUGUGGGCGGUGAUCACAAGCUUGCAAACUAUAGUUCUAUGACGACGCUGCAUAAAGAAGACGGUGAAGAAGAAAAGGGUGGAUCGAAGACGGUGGUGACUCAGUCGUAUGUGGUGGAUGUUCCGGCGGGGAGUAGCAAGGAGGAUACUUGUUUGUUUGCUGAUACUAUUGUGGGAUGUAACCUGAGAUCGUUGGCCAAAGUCACAGAAAAGAUGGCUGGUAAAUAAUUAUAAUUACCAUUUUAUUGAGAUCUCAGAGUUCUUACUUGCUGAAUCCAUUUUGUGAUUGUUCAUGUUGUUUGAAUCUUAUGCUGCUGUUUGUUGACUUCUUGCCACUAAUUGUGUGAGAUUCCAGUAGUGUAUGCUAAUAAACUUCAUGUAGUCUGCUUCGGAUUCUAAGCUAUUGACAAUCUUUCAUAUUAAUUUAUAUACAA